UCCCGUGAUCGCUUCUCUAUGUAUGAACAGAGUUUGCAAUCUUUGACUUCUCAGGGACAUCCACAGAUGGAUCGGCUUGGUUGCCCGAUUGAAAUGGAACCCAAGACGCUCAACGAAGGAGAACUGAGCAAUGCCCGGGAAGCAGCAGUUGAAAUAAUCCAAACCAAGGUCGCAAAGGAAGCUUCGACUAUCUUCACCCAGGGCAAGAAGGCUGCGAAGACAGCAGAGCAAAUGAGGAAGGAGAUCGAAAAGAGAGACCAACUCGAGAAGCUCGUGGGAGAAGGCGAGGGAAGUGGAGUUCGCAGUGGAUCAUGGGAUCUUCCUUGCACUGAUGAUGAGAUUUCCGAUGGCAUCACAUCAACGGAGCCUCUCUCGUCUCCGUUUUGAACUGUAAUUUCCCAAUCACAAGAUCUUACAGUCCACGUGUAAGGUGCUGACCAUAUCUUUAAAAUAAAGACUUGUAAUAUAUCAAUA